UAGAAUAUCCCUUCCUCUUGUCUCCCUCGCGAAGUGACAGCAUGGAUCUGUUCUCCAACUUUAUUUCGUUGUUUCAGUGUUAGUUGACUUUGUUUUGGGUCCACGCCCUUCCUCUAGCACCUUGUUCGCUCGUGGACGCUAUGUUUACCACCACCGGUUCUCGGGGCCUUUACAAGGCUCCUCUGUCAAAAGGCCUUCUAUUGAUUCUCAAUGGGCUGACUGUGAUGCUUACCCUGUUGCCUCAGUACCAAGAAAUGUUCGUCUACAACCUGCAGGCGGUCACACAUCAGCAGCAGCUAUGGAGGUUGCUGUUCGGCAGGCUGGUCUGUCUAGACGUGAAGGACUCCUUCUGCAGCAGCCUGCUGAUUUACAACUUUCGCAUAUUUGAGAGGAGGUUUGGCACCAGAAAGUUUGCUUCCUUCCUGCUGGGCACUUGGUGUCUGUCGGCACUGAUGGACUUCUUGUUGUCCCAAACCUUUGAGUAUUUAUUUGACUAUGAAGUGGAGGAACUGCCUGCAGGACUGCUGGCGCCCGUCUUUUCUCUAUUUGUGCCUUUCUACCUGUCCAUCCCCAGAAUGCCAGUCACCCAGGUUCUUGGGCACAUUCACAUCACCAACAAGUCUCUGGUUUACAUAGUUGGCUUGCAGCUGUUGACAUCCAGUCCUUUCAUGUGGCUCCUUGCACUCAGUGGGCUGAUCUCAGGCGGGCUUUACUACUCCAAUGUUCUCUGGUUACAAAGGAUCCUUUUCGUUCCUGCUUGGGUGUCUUGUAUAGGACGGUAUAUUCUGGAGCCGCUCUUCUCAAGCUCCCAGCCAAACCACGAGACACCUGUGGGGAUGGGAGCCACUCUGGACAUUCAGAGGCAGCAAAGAAUGGAUAUGCUGGACCAGCAGCUGCUACUGGCCCAAUACAACGAGGCCAGGAGGAAUGCCAGGCCUCAGCCACAGGCAGGGUUACUACAGUGGACGAGGUUGUUCCCCUCCCUGAGGCACAGGGGACAGAACCGGCCCCCGGUGCAGCCCCCCCCUCCAGCUCAGACACACCCAUCCUCACAGCCACCAUUACUGGACAACUCUCCUGUAGCAGAGGAGCAGGUUGCACGGUUAGUGGAAAUGGGCUUCUCGAGGACGGACGCCCUUGAGGCCCUCCGAGCUUCAAACAACGACAUCAAUAUGGCGACUAACUUCCUCCUGCAACACUGAGGGAAGUGAUGAGGGGUAAUAAGGUGGAAUAAAAAGAGAAAAGGAAGCAGUAAAGAGAAAAAGCAGCCAAAGCAGAAGAGGAAAAAUCAAAACGGAGGAACAAUGUUGCACAGUGAGUGAUGGAGAAGAGGGGAGAAGACUAAUGACAUUUGUACAGAAAAUGAUGGCCGUGCCACUGCUUUCUGAGGCAGAGUGAAGCUACCCCAACCUGGACUUAGGCAGAGAGCGGGCUGGUUAAUGUGUGAAGCACAAAGUGAAAGUUGUUUGCGUCAUGUCUGUGACGGCCGUCUUAGUGUGAAACGGCCGGCGUUGCUCAAGGCAGAUGAGUCAGAGCUCUCACUCUGAAGGAUGUCCUGUGAAAUAUAGACGAUACAAAUGACAGAGAUCGAACAUGUACAAUUGAGUUAUUUCUCUGAAAAUAAACGGGGCGGGGGGCUAAAUAACAGUUGAGUUCAUGUCCUACACCGAGUCAUAUGAGUCACACUAACGUGUUGCCUUGUGAAAUGCAGUUUGAUGUAUCCUGAUGUCAUGUCUGACACUUUCAAACGGCCACUUCCAAGACAAAACUUAAGAUAUGGACUACAAAUCUAGAAAUUCAUGCUGUCCUGGAGAUGCUCAAAUCUUUUUCUUACAAACCUCUACUUGUGGGUGGGUUUUUACAGCACCAUCUGAAACAGAAGGUAUCUUUCUGCACAUGGAGGUGUUUGAAAAAUCAAUGAGCAUCAUAAUGGACUUCUUCGUUUGGCAGACUUUUGUGGAAGGAGCAGGGUUUAACCUUUUCAUGCAUUAGAAGUUGUAACGCAGCAGUUAGUCCAACAGACAGCCCUGUAAUGAGCCAAACCUUUAACCCCGAAAGUACAUUGUUCGACAAACUGGAUAGUAGCUGUUUUUAUGCGAUCUCAGGGUUGGCAAGACAACUUCUUUAGUCAGUUACAUCAUAUUUCUGCACACGAGAGCACCUGUACAGAUGCAGAGUGUACGUGCUGGGAUGCAGAGGAGCUCACAAGGAUAUCAUGUUAAGUUUUAUUUAUUCUGUCUUAACAGAGUUUUUGGCUGCCAGCACACCUGUCUGAAAUGUUCAAGUCUUAAAGGUCUGUUAAUUUAUUAUGCAAUGGCAGGACAGAAAAUUCUAGUGAACUGUGCGAUGCAAGGAACUACUUUGUGUAUAUAAACAUACAUGCAACAGAGGUAAUAUUACAUCCACUGUGUACUGAUGUCAAAGAGGGAUGCAAGUUUUAUAUUUUGAGGAUAAUUGUUGAUUGACUGUUGAAAUAUGGCAUUGAUAUGUGUGUUUUUCUGAGAAUGAUACUGUAAUAUGUGGGUGUGUUGAGGGAGUUGUUGCAUGAACAACUGUCUCAUGAAAUGUAGAGAAAUGUAUCCGAUCUGUGGAAUAAAUCAACUUCAUGACUGAA